AUGAGCAACUUGCAACAAUUUGUAACACAAUAUGACAACUGUCUUGCAAAUAAAGCUCAACAAGAAUAUGAAUUGGAUGCUGCCAGCUUCAAUACCAUUAUCCCUUGUGCUACUGCUUCUACUAUUGAAAAACAGUUUCAAAAAGAAUAUACUCAUGCGAAGUUUAAUGAGCUUCAAAAGGAGUUUAGAGCAAAGGCUAAUUGCUUUUCAACAAAAGAGCAUGAAGAGGGAUAUGUUGUUACUUACAAGGUUAUAAAAGAGAUUGAGAAUGGUGAUAAGAUGUUUGAUGUUACUUACAAGUCCUUGGUCUUUAAGAAAUUGCCAAAUAAAUGCAUUCUUGAUCGGUGGAAGAAAACUUUAAAGCGCAAGCAUAGUAGCAUCAAGUGUAGCCAUGAUUCAAGUCAUUUAGAGCCCAUAAAAAAACGUUAUGAUGAGAUGUGCAAGCAAUUUUACAAUAUUGCUGAAGUAGUCGUUGCAUCCGAGGAGCUCACCGAGACCGUACAUCGUAUACUAGACUCGGUUUGGGUUAUGUUGGUGAAACCAAAGGCCUCUUCAAUGGAUAAUGUAAAUAAUCAAAAUUCAAAUGAGGUAGAUAAAAAUGCAAAUGAUUUAGAUAAUCAGUUUUUUUGA